GUCCCGCAGGUGUCAGUGUUGGAGUCUGUCUUGGUGUAUGUGCGGUAACAACAUGUCUGUCCCCCUCCUCGCUGAUGCUGUGACUGUCUCAGGGGCAGAGCGGGAGACUGCUGCGGUAAUUUUCUUACACGGCCUGGGAGACACAGGGCACAGCUGGGCUGAUGCUCUCUCCUCCAUCCGCCUCCCCUACGUGAAAUACAUCUGCCCUCACGCGCCCCGGAUCCCCGUAACCCUCAACAUGAAGAUGGUCAUGCCAUCCUGGUUUGACCUGAUGGGCUUGACUCCGGACGCACCUGAGGAUGAAGCUGGGAUCAAGAAAGCUGCAGAAAACAUUAAGGCAAUUAUCGAGCAUGAGAUGAAGAACGGGAUCCCCCCCAACCGGAUCAUCCUGGGGGGCUUCUCGCAGGGCGGCGCCCUGUCGCUGUACACAGCGCUCACCUGCCAGCACCAGCUGGCCGGCAUCGUGGCGCUCAGCUGCUGGCUCCCGCUGCACAAAGCCUUCCCACAGGCGGCGAGUAACGGCAUGAACAAGGACAUCGCCAUUCUGCAGUGCCACGGGGAGAUGGACCCCAUGAUCCCUGUGCGCUUCGGGGCCCUCACUGCCGAGAAGCUGAAAUCCGUCGUCACCCCCGCCAAGGUCCAGUUCAAAACCUACCCCGGCGUGAUGCACAGCUCCUGCCCUCAGGAGAUGCUGGCGGUGAAGGAGUUCAUCGAGAAGCUGCUGCCCCGGAUCUAAGCAGAGCUGCUCGAGACUGUCGCAGGGAAGGACACCGAGGUCGCCGCCGCUGCUCUUUCCCCCGUGACCCGUCCGCUGCACACGGAAGCCAUGGCACCCCUCUCGCCGCCUGCCACAGCCUGACCCCCGCCU